UGGCUGAUCCUUUCUUCUUCUUCUUCUUCUUCUUCUUUCCAACGGAGCUAUGAUGUGUUCCUGAGCUUUAGAGGAGAAGACACCCGCAAUAGCUUCACUGCCCAUCUCUAUAAGGAACUACGCACCAAAGGAAUCAACACGUUCAUUGACGAUGACAAGCUUGAGAGGGGUGAUGUCAUAUCUUCUGCGCUUGUUGCGGCUAUUCAAAACUCCAAGUUUUCUCUCAUUGUUUUGUCAGAAAAUUAUGCAUCUUCCGGGUGGUGUUUGGAGGAGCUGGUGAAGAUUCUAGAGUGCAUGAGAACCAUGGGACAGAGGGUUCUCCCAAUUUUCUACAAUGUGGAUCCCUCGCAUGUAAGACAUCACAAUGGAAAAUUUGGAGAAGCACUGGCUAAACAUGAAGAAAAUUUGAGAACUAUGGAGAGGGUGCCGAUUUGGAGGGAUGCUCUCACUCAAGUUGCCAAUUUAUCCGGUUGGGAUUCCAGGAAUAAGCAUGAGCCUAUGCUUAUCAAGGGAAUUGCCACUUAUAUUUGGAAUAAAUUGUUUAGUAGAUCCUCAAAUUAUGCUGAUCAGAACCUAGUUGGAAUAGAAUCUAGCAUACGAGAAAUAAAAUCCCUGCUAUUUACCGAGUCUUUAGAUGUUCGCAUGGUGGGGAUUUGGGGCAUGGGCGGCAUAGGUAAAACAACCCUUGCCAGAGCUGUUUAUAACCAAAUCUCUCAUCAAUUUGAAGCUUGCUACUUUCUUGAAAAUGUCAGUGAUUAUUUGGAAAAGCGAUAUUUCCUUAGCUUGCAAGAGAAAUUUCUUUCCCAACUAUUGGAAGAUGAAAAUUUGAAUAUAAAAGGAUGCAUCUCUAAAGAGGCUUUGCUCUGUUCUAAAAAUGUUCUCGUUGUCAUUGAUGAUGUGAACAAUUCAAAAAUAUUAAAAGUCUUGAUUGGGAAGCAUGAUUGGUUUGGUAUCGGAAGUAGAAUCAUCAUAACAACAAGAAAUAAGCAGUUGCUAGUUACACAUGGGGUAAAUGAAGUGUAUGAGGUUGAAAAAUUAAAUGAUGAUAAUGCGGUUGAGCUCUUCAGUCGAUAUGCCUUUAAAAAAGCCUAUCCUAUAGAUGAUUAUGUGGAGCUCUCUCAAUGUAUAGUGGUUUAUGCUCAGGGCCUUCCAUUAGCUCUUCAAGUUUUAGGUUCAUUUUUAUUUGAUAAGAGCAAACGUGAAUGGGAAAGUCAGUUGGAUAAACUAAAAAAAAGUCCUAUACAUUGA